AAACUUGGCAUAAUGCAGUCAGGCAAGUACUGUUCACCUGGCAACCGCCAAACCCAGACACAUCCAUCAAAUUGCCAGACAGAGAAGUUUGCUUCGUGCUCGAGUCCAGUGGUGGCAAGCUUUACACUACUGCAUCCAACGGUGGCCUACCAAUUUUAUUGUUGUUCCCAGUUCCUUUGUUAUAAUACCACUAACAGUUGACCGUGGAAGAUUUAGUAGCAAGGAAAUGUCACGGAUGGACUUAUUGCACAGGUGGCAACCUAUCACGGUACCACGCUUGAAUUCACUGAGCUCCUGAGAGCGAUUUAUUCUUUCACAAAUGUUUGUAGAAACAGUCUGCAUGCCUAG